AUGUGCCCUUCGAGCACACAUGGAGGGGUUCCAGCAAAAUCUGCGGAAACGCACAUCUUGUCUUUUAUCUGGUACACGGCCAACAAAACCUGCAUGAGAAACGUGGCAAGCCGGUUCGACUUGUCAGAAAGCUCUGUUCACCGAAUCCUCCCUAGAGUAGCCGACUUCCUCCUGACCCUGGGACCAUCGUUGAUAAAGUUUCCUGCUGACCUGGAGAACCUCACUAGAAGUUUUGAGAAGGUGUCUGGAAUGCCUGAUGUUAUUGGUUGCAUAGAUGGAUCCUACAUCAAGAUACAGUGCCCGGACAAGAAGGUUGCUUCAACAUAUUGUAACAGGCACCACUACCUUUCACUGACACUGCAAGCCGUCUGCGAUGACAAAAGACGCUUCCUUGAUGCAUUCAUUGGAAGCUCAAGCAAAAUGCAUGAUUCCCAUGUGUUCAGCUUGUCGCCACUUUCAAAGAAAAUCUCUGCCGUAUGUCAGGGGUCUUUCCAUCUUUUAGGGGACGCAGCGUAUCCACUGCGGGAAUACCUGUUGACACCUUACAGGGAUUAUGGUGCUUUGACAAAACAGCAAAAAGGAUUUAAUUAUAAGUUUUCAGCCACAAGAGCUGCUCAUCAAAAAUGCAUUUAG